AUGUACACCGCGCACCACCUCCCGCGCCCUCUGCUCGCUCUUAUAUUCGCAUGGCCCCUGCUUGCCCUUGCCGCGCCUUCCACGCCCAAUGACCCGUUCAGAGAUAUCGUUAUCCAUGCCAGGAAACCGCCAGAGGAACCGAUAUGCUGUCUUCGGCCGCUGACGCCGCUCGAACCCGUCGAUGAAGAUCUGCUGCUCUCAUUCGAGGAAUGGAAGUCCCGCCAACUCGCAGAUGGACAGCAGGCGCCCACGGCAGUGCCAGACUUCACCGCUCAGCCCAACCUUUCUGGGACGAUUCUCGACGGAAGCGGUCAGGCCACUACCAUACUUUCUCCUGUCGAAGGCUCGACGCCGUCCCCUCCGUCUACCGACGCCCCAGACGGCGGCUUUGGGAUACACGACACGCCGGAACCACUAUCCCCACACUUUCGCAUACCGCUGACAGAUCGGUUUAAUUACGCCUCGCUCGACUGCUCAGCGCGAGUUCAUACCGCGCACCGAGGAGCCAAAAGCGCACACAAUAUCUUGAGCAGCAAGAAGGACCGGUACAUGCUGUCUCCGUGCGGCGAUCGGCCGCAGUUCAUCGUAGUCGAGCUGUGCGACGAUAUCUGGAUAGACACGGUACAGAUGGCCAACUACGAGUUCUUUUCGGGCGUAUUCAAGGAUUUCACGGUUUCGGUUGCGAAACAGUAUGAGGUGGAGAGUUCGGGGUGGACGGUCGCGGGGACGUAUACGGCGAAGAAUGUUCGCGGGGUUCAGUCUUUCCAUCCGCCGAAGUCACUGCGCGACUUCUAUCGCUUCAUCCGCAUCGACUUUCACUCACACUACGGGAGCGAAUACUACUGUCCCAUAUCGCUUCUACGAGUCUACGGCCUCACCCACCUCGAACAAUGGAAGUGGGAACUCUGGGAGAACGAGAGUCGUGCCAAAGCCAGGGCACUCGAGGCGCAGGAGCAAGCUGCUGCGUCGAGUACUAGUGUACCAUCAGUCGAGGCGGCGGAUCCACCGCAGCCGGUCCCAACGCCGCUCGUUGUCGAGCAGGAAUCGACGCCUACUGUGCCGCCGCCCGUUCGGACCCCUAUGAUCACGCUCGAGGCUCCAACUCCCGAGGAGGAGAUGAACGAUACGAGUCGGAUCUUCAGGCAUAGUACCGAUAUCGCACAUGGGGUUGGUGACUCGCACUCGCCUGCGCCCACGCCGGAGAGUACACCUUUCGAGCCCAUACAGACGGUCAACGCCAGCGAUACCUCCGCACGCGCCGAGCCAACUAUCGGCACUACGCCGCCAUCCGAGCCGUCAUCUACAUCGAGUUCGGCGUCGGAGACCAAGACGAUAUCGCUCGCGCCCGCCGUCGUACCUGUGCAGUUCGCCUCAACAGGCGAGAGCAUCUACCGCACGAUCAUGAACCGUCUUUCUGCGCUUGAGGCCAACACGACGCUAUACUCCCGCUACGUCUCGUCACAGACUGGCGCGAUGCAUGAUGCCCUGCGGAGGCUGCAUGAGGAGCUUGGCCGUCUGGAAUCACUUGGACGCGCGCAAUCGCAAGCACAUGAACGUGCGUUGGCGGACCUCGAACGCGAGAGGCGAAGAUUAGAGGCAGAACAAAGAGCGCUUGCUAUACAAGCUGAAGCCCUCGCGCACGACGUAGCCCUAGAGAAGCAUCUGGGCGUAGCUCAACUCUGCCUGCUCCUCGCAGUGCUCGUCUUCCUUUCCCUCACCCGCGGCGCAGGCGAAUCGCCCUCCGCCGUGCGCGCAUGGGGCAAACGCAACCUCUCUUUGCGCUCGGACUGGUACCAACGUUUCCGGUCGCGUAGUCUUACGCCUGCGCCUGUCUCUGCAGAUGGCGCAGAGUCACACUCAAGCUCGGUGCCCUUCCCGUCGUCCUCAUCGCAACAGCGACCGAGAGUGGUUGUUUCGCCCGCCCCUCAGCGGCCCAAACUCCCGCGUAUCGAGCUAGACGAUACACACAUCUCGCAUCACCGACCACGGAUAGCCAGUGGAACACGUACACCUAUCCGCCGAUACACACAUACGCAUCGCCACGGUACACCCGCAACACCUACAAGCUCUCGACCAAUGCUCGCACGCUCGACAAGCCACUCGUCCGCGGGGGGGUCGCUCGUUCAUCCACCCACUAUUGGGCCCAUGCCCCGAAGCGUGAAAAAGUGGGCCAGGAGCGCGCAUCUGCAUGAGGUCAGGCCGAGAGUGGCUGGUGGCGAUGCUAGUGCGCGGUUGAACGGUUUCGAGAGCGAGAAGGCUGUGUUGAGGGGUGCCAUCAAGCGCAAGGAGGGAAGGAGAGCCGAACUGAGGGCUGCGGAUGAGAAUGCUGAGGUUUGGGAGGAUACGGAUUCGGAUGGUGAUACUGUUGCGUCUUUCAAUGUAGACUCGGGCGGUUGA